AUGGCGGAUUUUAAUGAAAUUUUGGCUUCCCAUGACGGCCAGGACGAAUUUUUGCACGUGCUAUUUAGCAGCAAUUUUGCGUCCGGCUUUUCGUCUGCCCUUGAAAUUCACAAGUGCAUGUACACUUUAGAAUCAGAAGCUCUAUUGGAUUUGCUUGUAAAGCUGCUACAUAAGCGCAAAGUGCUAGCGAAAACCAAACGCCCAUAUUUGCGGAUAAUAUUUUGCCUUCUCCACAGGCUUGCUUCAACGGUGUCAUUUGCUUUCAAGUUUGACGCAAAUUUACUGCAAGCAUCGUUGCUUGCACUUUUGGAAAUACAAACAGAGGAUUGCCUCUUUUUUGAGAUCCUAACUCAAUGUAUCACGCUGAUUGAGAAGCUUUGUAAGCAUGGGUGCCUUUUAUUUGGCGAUAUCGACUGUUUUUUGAUCGAAUUUUGCUACAAAGUUUUGCAAAGAUCGCCGCCAAUCCAGAGGAUCUUCCAAGUCAGAUCGCUGCUGAAGGUACUUUUGUGUGAAAAUUCGGUAUUAAAGCGCGACUUUUUAUUUGGCGCAGACGUGUUGGCUAGAAUCAAGCAAAGCUUCGAAGCUUCAAGCGAAAACUUGCUGCUUUCAAUGUCGAAGCCAUUUCUUUUUAUAGCCGAUGACGACGACGAGGACGACGAUGGACCUGUUGCAAAUGUUGUUCUUGACCUGCACUUGCUUAUUUUGAACAUGAAAACAUCUCAAGCCUUUUGUGAACAAAUAAUCCGCGAAUGCUAUGCCGCAAAAAACAUAUCGCCCAUUCCAAAUGUGCUGCUCGAAGCAUUGUCACAUGUCGACGACAGCCUUUUAAUGAGCUAUUUGGAGCUGUUUAUUGGCCAAAUAAACACCAUCCAGGGAGACCUGUUGUCGGACCUGAUUGUUUAUCUUUCAUUUUUUGAAUUCAUAAAUUUCGAUGUCACCCUGGUUGUCGAUUGGAUCUCUUCUGGCCAGGUUGGACUGAUAUCGCUGAUGCUUACAUUUACAAAGAGAUUUUUGCUUGGAUUACAUAGUGAUGUGCCUAGCGGGCAUAUCGAUCAUCUAAAGAGUGUCCUCGAUUUGCAUUCAAGAAUCUCAACCUGUGUAUAUACGAUUACGAGUGCAAAUCCCGAAGCAAUCGCAUUCAAUAUACGGCCUUUGCUUCAUAAAUUUGACGCUUUAAAACUUUGGUUUAAAAAUAAAAGCUGCUAA